AUGGCUCCAAAGAACCAAGCGGCCUGGAUCCCUGCCAAAAAGGUCCGGCCGUUCAAGGUUGGCGACGCGCCCUAUACGGCCCCCGGCCCGGGCCAGGUGGUGGUCAAGAACACCGCCGUGGCCAUUAACCCUUUCGACUGGGUGUUGCAGUUCAUCGGGCCGGCAAUCGCGGGCUAUAUCAAGUACCCCUUCAUCUUUGGCACAGACGUCGCCGGCGAAGUGGUCGAGGUCGGCCCCGAUGUGCAGCGUUUCCGCGUGGGCGAUCGAGUCUUCGGAAGCGCCACGGCCGUGGCCAAGGAGGUCAACCGCCCGGCCGAGGGAGCGUUCCAGCUCUACACGGUGAUGCGACAGCAUAUGCUGGCGCCCACUCCCUCCCACAUCACCGACGAAGAGGCCUGUGUCUUGGGGCUGGGCCUCGGGACUGCGGCGUGGGGCCUCUUCCACCCGGACUAUCUAGGCCUCGACAUGCCUCAGAUCCCGCCGCCCACGGAUGUCGUGGGGAAAUCAGGCCUACCACGCACCGUCAUCAUCACCGGCGGCGCGUCAAGCGUGGGGAGCAACGCUGUGCAGCUGGCUGUGUCCGCCGGCUACCAAGUCCUGUCGACCUCGUCUCCCAAGAACUUUGACUAUGUCAAGGGCCUCGGUGCCACCCAUGUCUUCGACUACAGGAGCAGAACAUUGGUCAAGGACCUCCUCGUCGCCCUCCGGGGCCGCGAGUUGGUCGGUGCCUACACUAUUGGCGGCGGUGCCGUCGAGGCAUGCACCGCCGUGAUGAGGCAUCAUGAUGUCCACCUCACCCGGAAAUUCAUCGCCGCGGCCGGUGCCAUAAUCCCUGCCGAAAAGCUCGCCACCUUUGUUGGCAAGGGCACAUACUUGAUAGGCAUGAUGGGCGGCAUGAUCAAGUCGAAGGGGAGGCGCCUUCGGACCGGGGUCGAAGCUAAAUUCAUCCUCGUCGAUGGCCUAGUCGACCCCAAGAGCGUCGUGUCUCGCAUCUACAAGGAGUUCCUGCCGCAGGCGCUUGAGCAGCACCAGUUUGUGCCAGCACCUCCCCCGCACGUGGUGGGGAAGGGGCUGAACAAGAUCCAAGAGGCUCUGGAUCUCCAGAGGAGAGGUGUCUCGGGAAAGAAGCUUGUCGUAACGCUGUAG